CAGACAUUCACAGUAACACUCUUGUGAUUGAUCAUGAAUCAGGUGUGCUGGAACUGAAUCCACAUCAGACUCAGAGGAGAAAUCGUGGAUUUGUGGAGAUGUGCACGUGCGUGAGGAUUCAUACCGAUGGUUUUUGAGGGCACGAACAUGAGGAACGGACGGGCUCUGUCCGAUCAGUGGGCCGACACCGUGGUGGUCCGGCCCCGCACGACCGAACAGCACAUCACGGUGAACAAGAGACUCGUGCUGGGCUUCGCCAUCUCCAUCCUCACCCUCAUCAUCGUCACGGCCAUCGCCAUCACGCUCAGCGUGAGUUUCGAGAAAUGCGCCGGGAAGAGCAGCGGGGCUCUGGCCGCUAACGGCUCCAGUAACAGUAAGGUGAAGCAGUCCCGGGACGGGAACAGCAGCAGAGACUCAGAGGACGGCCAGCAGCCCUGGAGACAUGUGCGCUUACCGGCCACCCUGCGCCCUCGCCACUACGACCUCCGACUGUCCGUGUACAUGGAGAACUUCACCUUCUGCGGUGAGGUGAACAUUGAGUUUGAAUGCGUCAGCGCCACUAAGUUUAUCGUGUUGCACACGGACAGGUUGGAGAUGGAGAAAGUGCUGGUGUAUUCAGACAGUAAGAAAGCUGCAGGUGCCAUGAGGAUCCAGCGACGCUUCCACUAUCACCCCAAACAGGUGUAUGUGAUCGCGCUGCACAGAGAGAUGAAGCCGCUCAGAACAUACAAGAUCAACAUCACUUUUCAUGCGCUCAUACAACAUGAACUCUUGGGAUUUUUCCGGAGCUCAUAUAUGCUGAAUGGAGAGAGAAGGUAUCUUGCUGUGACGCAGUUCUCACCGACUCACGCCAGAAAGGCAUUCCCAUGUUUCGACGAGCCUAUCUAUAAAGCCACAUUCAGAGUGAGUUUGAAACAUGAGAGCACGUAUCAGUCCCUGUCCAACAUGCCAGUGGAGGCCUCUACAUCUGAUGAGGACGGGUGGGUGACCAACCAUUUCUCCAGGACGCCCCGCAUGUCCACAUACUAUCUGGCCUGGGCCGUGUGCAACUUCACCUACAGAGAAACAGUCACAGAUAAUGGAGUUGUGGUUCGUCUGUACGCCAGACCUGAUGCCAUCCAGAGUGGAUCGGGGGACUACGCUCUUCACAUCACCAAGAGACUCCUGCAGUUCUACCAGGAUUACUUCAAAGUCAAAUAUUCCCUCCCCAAAUUAGAUCUGCUGGCUGUGCCGAAGCAUCCAUAUGCAGCCAUGGAGAACUGGGGUCUGAGUGUAUUUGUGGAGCAGAAGAUAUUGUUGGAUCCUGAUAUUUCCUCCUCCUCCUAUCAGAUGGAACUCACCAUGGUGGUGGUGCACGAGAUCUGUCACCAGUGGUUUGGAGAUCUCGUCACUCCAGUUUGGUGGGAGGACGUUUGGCUGAAGGAGGGAUUUGCUCAUUUCUUUGAGUACAUUGGAACUGAUUUCCUCUUUCCAAAGUGGAACAUGGAAAAGCAGAGGUUUCUCACUGAUGUUCUUCAUGAGGUGAUGUUAUUGGAUGGUUUGGCUAGUUCUCAUCCAAUCUCACAACAAGUGUUUGAGGCCACAGACAUCGACAGAGUGUUUGACUGGAUUGCAUAUAAGAAGGGAGCUGCUCUGAUCCGUAUGCUGGCUAAUGUCAUGGGACAGUCACUAUUCCAGAGAGGACUCAAUGAUUACUUGAUGACACACAUGUAUGGGAAUGCUGCGAGAGACGACUUGUGGAAUAAAUUGUCUGAGGCCAUGCAGAGGGAGGGGAAGGACAUCAACAUCACAGAGGUCAUGGACCGCUGGACUCUUCAGAUGGGAUAUCCCGUCGUCACCAUCAGCAAGAACGACAGCCUUGACAACAAUGUCUCCAUCUCCCAAGAGCACUUUGUCUAUGACACUGAUGCCAAGAUCCACCAUCCUGAGCUGUUCAACAAAAGCUUCCAAUGGCAAAUUCCCCUGACACUCACAGUGGGGAACUCCAGUCACAUAUCAACAGAGACAGUCAUCUGGCUGUCCAAUAAAACAGAGAUGCACAGAGUAAGUCACGUGGACGGGGAGACAUGGUUGCUGGGCAACAUCAAUCAAACAGGCUACUUCAGAGUGAACUACGACCUCAACAACUGGAGACUUCUCAUUCAACAGCUGAUGACUAACCCAACGAUAAUCUCUGUGGGUAACAGGGCCGGUCUGAUCGAUGAUGUCUUCAAUCUGGCGAGAGCGGGGUAUCUGCCUCAAAAUAUCCCCAUGCAGAUUAUCUCAUACUUGUCUCAGGAGGGUGAGUUUCUGCCAUGGCAUGCUGCUAGUCGAGCUCUUUACCAGUUGGAUAAACUCCUGGAACGGACAGAAGACCACAGUCUGUUUAGUGACUAUGUACUAAAACAGGUGUCACCAAAGUAUCACAAGAUGGGCUGGCCAACCACUUCCUCUGACGGCUCCUUCAUGCAGGCUGCUUAUCAGAUUGAAGAGCUGCAGAGAGAGGUGAUCAUGUUGGCCUGUAGUUUUGGAAACAAACACUGUCACCGUCAAGCUGUGUCUCUCAUUUCAGAUUGGAUUUCCAGCAACAAGAACAGGAUUCCCCCCAACGUGCGGGAUAUUGUGUACUGCACAGGCGUUUCUCUGAUGGAUGAAGAUGUCUGGGAGUUUAUCUGGAUGAAGUUCCACUCCUCCACUGCUGUCUCUGAGAAGAAAAUUCUUCUGGAGGCCUUGACCUGUAGUGACAACAUCUUCCUGCUCAACAGACUCCUGAACCUGUCCCUGACCUCUGACCUGGUACCAGAUCAAGACGUGAUUGAUGUCAUCAUACAUGUGGGCCGCAAUCCGCUCGGAAGACAUUUAGCAUGGAGGAAUUUCAGAGAGAAAUGGGAAAUAUUGAAUUCCUGGUAUGGUGAAGCUUUAUUUAUGAACUCUAAAUUAAUCAGUGGUGUGACUGAGUUUCUCAACACUGAGGCCGAGUUGAAUGAGCUGAAAGACUUUAUCCAAACCAGUGGAGGAGGGAUGUCACCUGCAUUCGCUCGAGCCGUUGAGAUCGUUCAAGCUAAUGUAAAAUGGCAUACACUGUACGAGCUACAGUUCUACCAAUGGCUGCGGAAAGCUCCUGAUGGUUAACAUAACAUCAAGUAUGGAAAACUCUAUAAACAUGGAAGCUCUAUCAGACUUUUAGAGGCCAUUGAUUUGAGGAGACUCGAGAAAUAUAAAAAUUAUAAUAAAAUAAAACAAAUUUAUAGACCAUGAGAAUCUGCAAGAUUUAGCUUAUAUUUUCCUGCAGCGAAUCCAAGAGAAAAAGAGUGCCGCCCUGCUGCCCAGCUUCACUCUCUGAAGACUGCUGCUGUCCUGAGGCCAAAGACUCUUUUAAAAGCUAAAUUGAAGUAAUAUGCUCCUCUAUGCUUACCUUGCAUUAUACAACAUUGUUUUUGACUGUUAUAUUUUGUACAAUAUCAAAUGAGGCCAUAUCUGCCACAUCAAACAUUUAAAUAAA